AUGAAGUUCACAACCAUUCUCGCAGCCAUCGCCACAAUCGCUCUCUCAGUCAAAGCAGCAGACCGCGUCCAAUGCGCCGGCACGAUCGACACGGCCCCCAACAAAGGCCGCUACGAGCCCUCCGGCUCCCUUACCGCCAACCUCACCCAGGUCGCCUGCAAGAGCGGCAGCAUCGACGGCGCGCUCAAGGGCAACCAAAAGUGCUGCAUCUCCAACGAUAAAGGCGCUUUCGGGGCGGCGUGUACCUCGGCCAAGUUCCCGCCCCAGUUCAAGAGCGGGUUCAAGGCUACGUUCCAACCUUGCUGA